ACCCCUUGCUUUCCGCCACAGGAGAAGAGCUGACCCACAGGGUGGCUACAUUUGUCACUGUUUCCAAAGCUCAUGAAACUUCUACCUUCUUCCUUUGGACUUUUCCAGAAGGACAAGGGAAUAAAUAGUUUUGCUGGAUCCAGUUAAUCGAGGAAAAGGAAACACUUAACCCAGAUUGCAACAGCUAACAGUUUGACAAUUUUGGAAUCAUGGCUUUGUUGUGUUAUAAUAAAGGCUGUGGAGAGAGAUUUAAUCCAGAUGAGAACACAGAAGAAGCCUGUCUGUCUCAUCCUGGAGUCCCAAUAUUUCAUGAUGCCCUAAAGGGAUGGUCUUGCUGCAGAAAACGCACUACAGACUUUUCUGAAUUCCUCUCCAUCAAGGGUUGUACUCGAGGUCGCCACAACAGUGAGAAGCCAGAGGAGCCCCUAAGGCCAGACGUCUCCUCUGAGAAGGGAGCCAAUGAUCUUCAAAGCCAGACACAAAAUGAAAUCAUCUUUCAAGGUCCAAAGUCAGCUGAAAAAAUGCUGAAGGAAAGACCCAGUCCAGAUGAACCUAAAACCAAACUCUCUGUCAGAGUGAUGCAGUCUCUUGCACAGGCCAUCGAGAAGAUGAAACUGGCUGAAAACAAUGACACUUCUAAAACUGAGACUGAAGCUGUUGUGUAUGGUACAAAAUGUAAAAACACAGGGUGCAAAGCGAAGUACAAUGGUCCAGAGACAGAUGCUGAAAUAUGUAUCUAUCAUCCAGGAUCCCCUGUCUUCCAUGAAGGAUACAAAUACUGGAGCUGUUGUUGCAUUAAAACCACAGACUUUAAUGCAUUCCUAGACCAGAAAGGCUGUGGCACUGCAAAACAUUUAUGGGUCGCAAAAAAGGAUAAGAAGAUGGUAUCUUGUCGUCAUGACUGGCAUCAGACAGCCUGUCAGGUGGUGAUCACAGUGUAUGCCAAAAACACAAUACCAGACCUUUCUUACAUUGAGGCAAACCGGACAGGGCUAGCUGUUCACAUCCAAUUUGACCAGGAAAAAGUCUUUCACCAGGAAUUCUAUCUCUGGGGGGUGAUUAAUGUGGAAAAAAGCUUUGUGACCAUGGUGCCAUCUAAAGUGGAAGUAACACUUAUCAAAAAUGAUCUAGUGUCCUGGGGAAAGCUGGAAGACCCAAAAAUGAAGGCUGAAAGGGGAACUGAAGCAGCAGAUGAGAAUGCAGUCAAUGAAGAAACAAAACCAGAAUGGGAGGAUUCUGACGAUGAUAUUAGUCUAAGUGAUUCUGAUGAGGAAUUUGCACAGUAAAGAGUUACAUCAUUUGUCCUCUCAAAAAGAGAUCAGUAUGAACACACAUAGGGUGCUGUAUUUCAAGUAGUCCAAAAGUCUUUGCCUUGAAAUUAAUUUAUUAAUAACCAGAAAUAAAUUAUGGAAAAUAUCAAGACAAUACAGGAUCCCAACAUCUACAGAAUUGUAACUCUAUAGACUAUAAGCUGAAUCUGAAACAAAAAUGGAUAUUUUCAAAUUCUAGCUGAGCAAUCAAAAGGAUGAACACUGAAUCACAUUAGCCUUUUCUUAAAAUAGACUGCAAUUAACAGUAAUUAAAAUUAUGAGACAAUAAAAGCCAAAUCAAGUUAAAAUGGCUUUUGGUAAUGUGCAUUUUAAGUGACCUAUCUGUCUUUUUAGUUUG